AUGGCAUCGCAGAGUGACAGUGAGUUGUUGCAGAAAUGGUUGGAGCAGCGGAUACAGGCGGCGCAAACCCAGGGGCAGAGUGCCAUAUCGGCGGACAGUGUUAUGGAAAAUAUGAAGAAGAACUUGGAAGAUGAAUUUGACACAUUGGGCAAUUGGCUGACGAGACCAGAAUCCAAUGAAAUAAAUAAGCUCUGCGAAAAGGGGAAGGAGGACGGAGGAAAAAAUUGGCAAGGAAAAGGGUUGGAGCCGCAAUAUAGGAAAGUAUUGUGCGAAGCUAUUUUGGAAAUAAAAUAUUUCAUGAAUGGAGUGGAGAGGAAGAAGGGACGUGGGGGUACGAGUGCACAUGAUGAGGGAGCACAAAUUACGGAACUCAACAAUGAUAGAGCUUAUGCACGUUGCAUUGUGGGAAUGCUUGCUUUAUCUGAAAUAUAUGGCGACCACUGUUAUUUGAACGAAGUCAUAAAGAGGGUUAAGGAGAAAGUGGCGACCGGAGUGGAGGAGAAGUUAAGGGAGCACUUACGUACGGAGCACGCGGGGAACUUUGAUAUAUGUAAAAAAGUUACCAAGGCGGAAUUAAUUGUAGGUAAGGCACUUCUGCAGGGUAGAAUAAAGCAGUGGACGGAAACAAAAAGGAGGAAUAAGGACGGCUGGAGGAUAAAGGUGCCGUGGGGAAGUUGGCCCACGGUCUGCAAGCAGACGGCGCAGGCGGGAACAUCGGAGCACGAGGCAGCGAGGAAAGACAAUUUACAGCAGAAUAAAGGAAGUUUGGUUAAAUUCACGUUGGGGGACAACACUCGAAGUAGUGGUGAUGCUCUAUCAUCCACCAUGGAAGACAUCCUAGUAAAUGACUCCUACACAAUCCCAGAAGACACAUUAACGGAAGCACUUUCCACAGCAAUACAGAAUGCAAAUAAUGCCGUUACUGGCAGUACUGGCAGUCCCAGUUCCCUUGAUUUAACGAAGACAAUAAUGGAGAAAUUUGAACAGUUAUCCCAAGACCAAUCAGCUCAAGUAUGCAUCAAAGAAGCACAGGAUGACACCAGCAGCAACGGAAGUGCUCUAUGCAAACGACUAGAAUGUAUACAGAAAUAUUUGAAGGCAACAACAGCAAAUGGAGGACAGGGGAUAACUGAGAAUGAAUUUUGGGAUGCUAAGGUAAAGGAGCUGUGGACAGAACUGUCUAACGCUAUGAAGGAUAAUAAGAACAGCGCAGAUCAAUGUAAUACUGUAGACAGUAAUAAACCGGCAUCUCCAUCUGAAAAGGCGGCAUGCAAUUUUUUGCAUGCCGGCUUCACCAAACUGUACGAGACGCCGUCGUCGUCAGACGACGGCAAUGUUUUAAACAACCCAUCGUUUAGACAAACGAUGGGUUGUUUUUUACUUCACGCUUAUGCAAAACAUAUGAAAGAAAAAGCAACUUGUCUUAUUGAUGAAGGAAUAAACAGAGCUUUCGAGAUAUGGAAGGACCCAAAUACUAAAGGUGCUAAUUGCAAUGGCAGUGGCAAGGAACCCUGUGUUCCUUGCCAAUGGAAUGACAGUUGGGGAAAUUGCGAAAUUAAAGCAAAUGGCCAGGCCCCUAGCCAAAAUGACAAGGUAGAGAAGAAAUUGGAAGGAAUUGUCAAGUACGACGGCGACGAAAGAAUGAAGACAAUGGCGGAAGCCAUAAAUAAAAUGGAACUAUGUGAUCGUGUCCAAUGUAUAACAGCCCGGUGGAGGAAGCAUAAGGCCAACGGCGGUACUGAACCUAGUUGG